AUGGAGACUCUACCUGGAGUUGCUCCUCCGGAGCAGCAAAACACAUAUUUCUACAUUGGACAGCAUGAGACGAAGAGGACUGUUCCUGUGACGACCGAAUUGGGAAAUCAGGCGCAAGAUGCUGGUUACGAUAUGAUGACUAGACCCAUCACAUCUCCUGGAUUCCAAGCACGAGUUUUGGCAUUGGUGGAUGCAUACUUCGAGGCCGUCUCAGCAUCCUCCAACGCAAAUGCUGUUCCUUAUCCUCUUGUGGCACCUCUGACACCUGAAGACACAAACCUGGUUCCGGAUGAAUACAUUUCUACCAUGAUCUGCUGUACAAGCACUUGGAUCGAUCUUGCUUCUCCGGACCCGGUGAUUGCUCACGUCUCUCGCCAGGUCUUCAACCAUGAAGUUGCUUAUGCUGCUUUUUGCGGUGUUAACAAUAUUAUGAUUCAAGGACCUAAUCUUGAGACUUCGUCUGUGAUUAGCCAGUACGCUAGAGCUAUUUGGCACUCGCUUGAGGUUGGACCGUAUAUCAACUUGCAGAUUCUGCUUCCUAUGCAGCCUACCGAGAGCAAAGCCGCUGAGGAUGGACUGAGUCUUGCCGGCCGCGCAAGAGACUCAUUCAAGACUCUCAAGUCAAUCGCAACUGACGCUCUUUGGUCGUGGGAUACCUGGGAACUGAUCAGAUCGACCUGCAAGUACCACCCUAGAUUGACUGUCGCUCUUGAAAUUCCUCAGAAGCUGCCUUCGUCGGCUAUUCAAUCACGCUGGUUCUCUGAGCCUCUGCGUACUCUCAUCAUUCCCGAGUCCACCUUUGUGCAGAAUGCAAAGGGCUUCCCUGUCUUGAACAAACCCAUCCAGGCUCUUCUCACAAGAUACAUGCGCCUCAAGACCGUCCCCUGGAUCAUUCUCAGCGACGUCGGUCCCAUCCCUGGCCAAGAUCACCCUGGUAUGCCUGUAAAUCUGCCCGACAGAUCAGCUUCUCCCGAGCUGCCUACCCCUGCUCAAUCCAAGCGCAAACAGCAAACCCAAAAGCCCAAAGACUUGACUCCAUACUUGAGCUACAUUCGUCACCUUCAACGUACCCAACCUCCUCGUCCCAUCAUCGAUCGCUUCGCUGCUGGAUACCAGGAUUACUUGCAAUCGCCCCUGCAGCCAUUGACUGACAACCUCGAAUCCAUUACUUACGAGGUGUUUGAANAAGACCCUAUCAAGUAUGAAUGGUACGAGCGCGCUGUUGCCGCCGCCCUCAAGGACCUGCACAAGAAAUUGCAACGACCCAUCGUCGUCGCUGUUGUUGGAGCCGGUCGUGGUCCCCUCGUCACUCGCUGCUUGAAGGCCUCUGCCAGCACCGGUAUCCCCGUCAAGCAAUGGGCAGUAGAGAAGAACCCCAACGCAUAUGUAUUACUCCAACGCCGCAACGCCACCGACCCCCUCUGGAACAAGCGCGUCACGGUCGUAAAAACCGACAUGCGAGCCUGGAAAGGUCCUCUCAUCGAUAACGCACCCUCCAAAGUGGAUAUCCUUGUUUCAGAACUGCUCGGUAGUUUCGCAGACAACGAGUUGAGUCCUGAAUGCUUGGAUGGCGUGCAACACGUCUUGCACCCUGAGCAUGGAGUCAGUGUGCCUACUUCUUACACAGCACACUUUACACCCAUCGCCCAUCCCAAGAUUUACGCAGAUCUGGUGGGCAGAAGUGGCGAAGAUGCUCAGAAGUGGGAGUUGCCGUAUGUGACCAUGUUGCACCAAUACGAUAACCUAUGUUUGGACACCACUGGAACUCCAGACAUCCAAACUGCAUGGGAGUUUACACAUCCUCUUCCUGAACCCAUUAUUGCACAGUCUAACCUGCGCAGAGGAGGUAGUGUGCAAGCGGGAGGAAGUGGUAUGGUAGGUGGAGACGGCUGGAACGAACACAAUGCGCGAUUCUGCAGAUUGAGGUUUACGGCCUCGACACGUGGUGUCUGCCACGGUUUGGGAGGGUAUUUUGAGACUGUGCUGUAUGUCCCUGAGGACAGCGGUAAGAAACCUAUUGAGUUGAGUAUUAACCCCAACACCAUGGACGACAAGAGCAAGGAUAUGAUUUCUUGGUUCCCGAUUUUCUUCCCUCUGAAGACUCCUAUUACCAUCCCCACAGGCGCAGAGAUUGAAGUCUCCAUGUGGCGCCAAACCGACGACAGAAAGGUGUGGUAUGAAUGGCAGGUCGAAGUGUUUGCUUCGCUCAACGGAACACGUCAACGCGUUGCUUCCAGCGACUUGCAUUCAUCCAUCAAGAAUGGAUGUUUGAUGUAG